AUGAAGUCACCCUCGGUUGUUAUGCUUACUCUCACCAUCCUGGUGUUCCUGACAUGGGUCCCUAUGUCACUGAGUUGUAACAAAGCGCUCUGUGCCAGUGAUGUGAGCAAAUGCCUCAUUCAGGAGCUCUGCCAGUGCCGCCCUGGAGAAGGAAACUGCUCCUGCUGUAAGGAGUGCAUGCUGUGUCUUGGGACCCUCUGGGAUGAGUGCUGUGACUGUGUUGGCAUGUGUAAUCCUCGCAACUAUAGCGACACGCCACCAACCUCGAAGAGCACCGUGGAGGAGCUUCACGAGCCCAUCCCUUCCCUCUUCCGCGCGCUCACAGAAGGAGACACCCAGCUGAACUGGAACAUCGUCUCCUUCCCUGUUGCAGAAGAGCUCUCACAUCACGAGAACCUGGUUUCAUUUUUGGAAACCGUGAACCAACCCCACCACCAAAACGUGUCUGUUCCCAGUAACAACGUUCAUGCUCCGUAUUCUAGUGACAAAGAACACAUGUGUACUGUGGUUUACUUUGAUGACUGCAUGUCCAUACAUCAAUGUAAAAUAUCCUGCGAGUCCAUGGGUGCUUCCAAGUAUCGCUGGUUCCAUAAUGCCUGCUGCGAGUGCAUCGGUCCAGAGUGUAUCGACUAUGGUAGCAAAACUGUCAAAUGUAUGAACUGCAUGUUUUAA